AUGAAACAACUUGCACUCAUUCUGUUCAUGAGCCUGGGAUGCAAAGCCAACGGCUGGCAUGACCCAGGCAUGGUCUAUGGUUUUGACAGUCCAUGUGACCGGGCUGAGACUUUGUCAGGCGGUCCGGGUGGUUCUGGUAUCGAGCUCCUCUUCACAUACCGGACUCUCGUAGGGCAAAUGCUCGGAGAGCAGUACAACUUCAUCUCCUUCGACCCUCGCGGGGUGAACAACAGUGGCCCCAGUCUCGACUGCUUCUCAGGGAUUUCAGAGGCAAGAUUGGCCUUCAGUCGACUGCACCGGACUGGAGCUACCAACGUCUCGUCAACAUCGCUUGCCGAACAGUACUAUUCAAGCUCGAUCUACGGAGAGUGGUGCAACAAUGCGGUCGACAACGAGUCGCCUCAUGGUUAUUAUGUCACCACCCCAGCGGUAGCCCAUGAUCUGCUCACCUUCAUCGAAGCCGAGGCCGAGGCGGCCGGUCAGCCACCAUCAGACGCCAAAUUGUGGUGUUAUAGCAUCAGUUACGGCACUGUCAUCGGCAGCACUUUUGCAUCCAUGUUUCCUGACCGCGUCGGGCGAAUGAUACUGGAUGGUGUUUUGAACGCAGAGCAGUAUUACAACAAUGACUGGAGCGAAACCGCGGAUCAAAUGGACGCCGCGAUGGACCAAUUCUCUAGCUUGUGCCAUUCCGCAGGUCCUAAGAAAUGUUCCUUCUGGGGACCCUCGCCCGCUAACAUCACCGCCAGAAUGGACGCCAUUAUCCAUCAGCUUCAGCAUCAGCCCGUCCCGGUCAGCGGAGUUAAAGGUCGAGACCUACCGACCAUGGUCACCUAUUCAGACCUGAAGGCUCUUUUCCUCGACGCUAUCUACGCCCCACUGGUGAGAUUCCCAGUCAUGGACGACAUCCUACACCAACUCGAGCGUGGGGACGUGUCUGCUCUUGCCGGCAUGUUUGACAGUCUUAAUGCUAUAUCCGAUGCCCGUCUCGCCAUUCAGUGCGCCGAUUCGUAUCGGAGCAACAACCUUACUACUCUUGAAGAGUUUAAGUCUUAUGUCGAGUACAUGAUUUCUAGGAGCAAGUACAUCGGUGAUAUCUACCCUAUCUACCAAGACAAUAUCUUGUGUAGAUCAUUUCGACCGCAGUUACCUGAUAGUAUGGUUGUUCAAGGCCCAAUCAGUGGACUAGACCGUCCUACGUCCUUCCCGAUCCUGUUUACGAGUAACACCAUCGACCCAAUAACGCCCUUAACAUCGUACGUUUCGUCCAAUGGCCCCGCUGUCUGGUAUCGGCUCAUUGACUUGGCCUCUCUCACAGCGCACAGAAGAUGUCUUCUCGGUUUGCCGGAUCCGUCCUACUAUUGCAAGAAGCCGUUGGGGCAUACCUCCAAGGCAGAGUUCCACCGUCCGGGAUCACUUGCCCGCAGCAAGAUUCUGUCCCAAUCUCCAAUCACUGAAUGA